UGCAUACUAUAAUUGGUUCAAUCGUUUCCAUACAUAACUGUAAUAAGUGAUGAAAAUUGGCAGAAAAGUGUGAAUAAAAAAGUUUUUGUCAUCUCAUCCCCCGAUGGAUGUGUUGGAUGUGCGGACACCACUGUAACCAUGUAUUUGACAUCAGUCUGGCGGUCGCUAAAGGGCCGCUCGCUCUUCAUAUUGGUGUCGUUGAGUUGGCUCUUAUUGAUUGCCUUUCUCUUCGCUGUCACCACAGUCUUCGAGAGAGUGCCUGAAGAGUCCAAUGCAUUGCAGGCGGACAACAGAUACACAAAACUCAAUGACCGGCUCAAUGAGGCCAACCGUCAGAUUGAUCUUCUGAUGGCACAGAAUAAACAAUUGGCUCAACACUUGCAGGUAUUGACCGAACUUAAGGUCAAACGCGAAGAGCUGUCACUCGAGAGUCCGAAGACUAAUAAGAAGUUAAAAGUGCGAAACAGAUCGCCAGUGAAUGUGUUUCCGUCGACUGAGUUUGAGUUAUCUUUUCGACGCGUCCGACAGAAUAUCGACGAGAUUUGGCACCACUUGAGGAAUAGGAUGAGCAAGAAGUCCAUGAGUUUUGUGAACGAAUUGCGAUAUAAUAUGAUCUAUGAUUUGGAUGUUUUGAGUGAUAGAGACAAUCGAUGGCGUUAUGAAGAGCUCAAGAAUUUAAGUAAUUUCGUCCAGAAUCGGAUUCAUAGGCUACAGAAUCCGAGUGAUUGCGGAACCGCCAAGAAGUUGGUUUGUGAUCUAAACAAAUCCUGUGGGUUCGGGUGUCAGGUCCACCAUUUGGCCCAUUGUUUUGUGGCCGCUAUGGCUCUCAACAGAACUUUGAUCUGCGAUACCGACGACUGGAGGACCCCCAGUGAUCAGCCUAACUCCUGGGGCCGACUCUUUCAGCCAAUUAGUCAGACGUGUGGUGACCCGAGUGGUCAUAACCGCACCGAUUGGAGUGAUGAUAAACUCUUAAACUCGUAUCAAGUGCUGUAUUAUCCCAUAAUAGACUACAUGCAACCCAUUCCCCCGUUCCUACCACUCGUCAUACCCACACAAAUAGCCGAUCCACUCGUCAGACAAAGCGGUGAACCAUUCAUUUGGUUCAUCGGACAAGUGCUCAAAUACAUGAUGCGUCCGUCCAGUGAUAUGAGUCAAUACAUCGACAACUUUAAGCGAGACAAUCAAUUCAAGCACCCGAUCGUCGGCAUACAUGUGCGGAGAACCGACAAAAUCGGAACCGAAGCCAAGUUCCACACAAUCCAUGAAUACAUGUUUUUUGUCGAAGACUUUUACAACAAACUCGAUCUGAAGAACGAGAGGAACUCUGUCCACAAAAAGGUCGAACGACUCGUCUAUUUAGCCACCGAUGAGCCGGAAGUGUGGCGAAAGGAGAUCACACCCUAUCAGGAGAAGGGAUACGUGUUUAAGGGCGACAUUAAGCUGUCGGAGAGCGCCGACCCCUACCAGCGCCGGGAGUUUGAAUCGCUGCACAACGUUGUCGUCGAUUUGCUGCUUCUAAGUCAAUGCGAUUACAUUGUCUGCACAUUCAGUUCACAGAUCUGUCGCCUGGCCUUCGAGUUGAUGCAAACCAGACACUCGACCCAAGACUUGUCACAAGCCUUCUACUCACUCGACGACAUCUACUAUUUCGGCGGUCAGGUAUUUCACGGCAAGAAAGCACUGGUGAGUCAUUCCGCACAAAAUGAUCGCGAAAUCAGUUUCAAAUCGGGAGAUAUACUGGGAAUCGCUCGCAAUGAGCACAACGGCUACAACACCGGAGACCACAACCGCACCAAACAUAAGGGUCUUUACCCGCGAUUCAAAGUCACAGAAUUUGUCGAAUCGGUUCCAUUCGAUGUCUUCGACUAGUAUUCAGUCUAUUCAUUAAGUGAAGCAUUUCUAGUGAUGUUUUCAAAUUAAAUGCUAUUUAUAAAUACAGUAUAUAUUUGCG